AUGACACGAUACGCUGAGAUAGGUGCUGAUGACCCUGUUCAGGAAGAGAACUCGUUCUCCGAGAACGAGGCAGACGUUCUGGAGGAACCACAAACAACGAAAUCCCAAAUCCGAAUGAGGCCUAUUGACGACGAAAACGAGUUUGAUUUCGAGGUGGCACCAAUGCCUUCUGCUGUUUUGAGAUCGCCUGCUCGCGGCGACAUCGACGAUACGCUAGACUUGGUUCAAACACCAGAUGUGACCGCAAUUGAGGCAGAUGCUGCCUCGCCCACCAGGUCUUUCAAACACCUUGGAGCAUAUGUGUCCUCGCCUGAGCGUCACCAGGAAAUAAGUGAGGAAAACGCCUACCUUUCUCCCAUGCAGGCGGCCUCGGGGUCGCCCAAACGCAUGGUGCGCUCGGAGUCGGAAAUCCAGUAUUUCGACGAAAACGCUCAGCAUCUUCCUUCUGAGCUCGCAAAUAUUGUGGAAUACAACGAAGAUGACAUCCAUCAUCCGGUACCUACUUCUGGUCGUCCAGAUAUAUAUGAGCUCGACCCGGGCCAGUUCUUCCCCGAGGACGAUCCUGUUAAUGAUCCCAGUGACGAAGAAAUCGAUCCCGACACUGUUUUGAACGAUACAUCUAGAGCAACGGCUGGAUUUGGUAAUAUUAUCCAACCGACAAGAGUUGAGUACCAAGCUGCUGAAGAACCAGAUGAAGAUAUCAGUGCCAUGUACCCAGACGCCGUGUUCUACCCAGCUCCGGUACCCGCCCAGCUUCGUUUACCACCAUUGCUCUCUCGACGGACAAAUAAGGCUGCAGUUUGGAGAAGAAAGCGCUCGUCUCGUGUAUUUGACGGUAUGAUGUCCGAUAGCCAAUCCAUGUGGGGCAUCAGCCCUCUAACUGCCGAACUAUCUGCUGUUCGAAUCAGCGAAAGCGGUGAACUUCACAACCCUGAUAACUCUGCAGAAAUGUACGCGGCAGAGGAUGAUCUGGAGAGUGUUGUUCCCGACUCUGAUAGUGAGCGAGCUACGAUUCUGAGUGACAGCAACAGCUACCAGGAUCUAGGAGACUUUUAUCGAGAUGGCAACAAUAAGAACGCUAAAACCACAAAGUUUAAAAAGAAAAGCAAGUUCUGGGUCCAAAAGAGCUGGCAAAACUUCACACAUAAAAGCGGAGAGCCCAUGGAACCAGGUGAUGAUGGCGAUGACGGUAUUGGCGAGCUUGAUGAGAUUUAUCAGCCCAAGGAUGAGAACGAUCUGGCAUUCACGCGCUUCGACAAACAUGUCAUUGAUCAACAUACCAAAUUGUUCCAGUCUGGCGGUGUGUAUGGCAAUAUCAGAGCCGCCGCCGACGGCAACCCGCCAUCUCUUAUUGAAGAGAUAGAAAUUCGCCGGGCAGGCCGCAAAAUUCAGCAUCAAGUAAUGCUCAAAGAAUCAGAUAUGCUAGAGCAUAGUCGUCAUGGGUUUGCAGUUCACCCUGUGGAUCAAGUGCAUCAGCCCAGUCUCUUGGAGCUACAGUUGCUUGCCGACCACGAUUACUCUAACCGCAGAGAGUGGCAUAUGCAGGCGUCAAAGAAGGUAGCAAACCGGGCUCAUCCAGACGAGACGCUACAACAGCGCAGGCUCCGCCUGAAAACCGAGCGAGCCAACGGUUCCAAUUCUAGAGAGCCUCCACAAGAGAGUCUGGCAGCCCGUAAAGCGCGGCUCCGACGUGGCCGCCAGGCCAUGUCUAAUACCAUCAGCCAGACCAGUAUCCCUGAUAAUGCAUCCAUGGUGCCUGGUCCCGAGAACACCCCAGCGCUUGAGAACGAGAAUUUCGAUAUGGUUCGUGCUGUAGCUUUGCAUAUGUAA